AAGGCGUGGACAUCAACAGCAGAAAAUGGCUGCCGCUCUUUGACGUCAGUGCGAUUUGUACGCCUCGGCCAGCCUCAUAGCGGGCAUCACAGAGCAGUGGGUUCCGUUUAGGAUGGGUUAAGAUGCCUCCCGGAUUAUUCAAAAUGCAAGGAACGGUGUGUUCCGUCUGUGUUCGUGUUUUCAAAUGGUUUCCAGUGUUGUUCAUCACGACCAUAGUAGCCUGGUCCUACUACGCGUAUGUCAUCCAACUGUGUUUGUUUACCAUUGAGAACAUAAUCCAAAAAAUAUUUUACCUGAUUGGCUUUCAUGCCUGUUUCGCAAUGUUCGCCUGGUCGUACUGGCAGACCAUAUUCACAGAGCCAGGUACCAUUCCAAAGCAAUUCUACCUGUUGCCAGCGGAUGCUGAGCGCCUGGAAAAGGAACUCAGUGAAGAUAAUCAAAGGCAAAUGCUGGAAAGGCUUGCCAAGAACCUUCCUGUCUCAUGUAGGACCAUGAAUGGGAUGGUGAGAUAUUGUGAAAAGUGCCACCUCAUCAAGCCUGACAGAGCACACCACUGUUCAGUUUGUGGGAGGUGCAUACUGAAAAUGGACCAUCAUUGCCCUUGGGUGAACAACUGUGUGUCUUUCACAAAUUACAAGUACUUCAUCCUCUUCUUGGCCUACUCCUUAAUCUACUGCCUUUACGUGGCUGCUACAACACUGCAGUUCUUCAUCAAGUUCUGGACGAAUGACCUUGAAGGAUGGGGACGUUUCCACAUUUUGUUCUUGUUCUUCGUUGCUUUCAUGUUUGCCAUCAGCUUGGUCUCGCUGUUUGGCUAUCACUGCUUCCUCGUCAUGGUGAACCGCUCUACGCUCGAGGCAUUCCGCCCACCAAUAUUUCGCACUGGCCCGGACAAGCAUGGCUUCAGCCUUGGCCACCAGGCCAAUGUGGCCGAGGUAUUCGGUGACAACCGCCGUCUCUGGAUUCUACCAGUUUUCACAAGCCUGGGUGAUGGGGUGACUUAUCCAACACGCACCCAACUGGCCAGUUCGUACAACUCCAUGGGGAGCACGGAGCAGGCAAGGCGAAAAACUCGAUCCACAAGGGAAAGCAAGACUCUCCUGUUGGAUGAAUGCUUGGGAGACGGCGUCACCUUCCCACAAAAGAUUGUGGAUGAGGACACAGAUGGGCUCUUGAACCAAAGGCAGAGAUGGGCUGAAACUGAUGAAGAAGCGGGCCAUUCCGAUGUGACGGUGAGGAAUCAAACACAACCAAAAGUAGGGAAUGCCAGCACCAGUGUCCAGAGCUGAAAAGAUGCACAUUGCAGAUGGUGAUCAUCCGGUCUAAGCAACCUGGCAUUUCCAAAGCAACGGCCCUGAGUGGCGCACAACUCAACCUUGCUGCAGGAACAAUGCAAGACUAAUUCCAUUGCUGCCUCCUGACCCCUUGCGUUCCUGCCUCUGUAGAUUCACAUUGUAGCAUCAAAGAGGCUCACUGCCACCAUUAAUGGCGUCAUUGCAUGCCAACCCUGUCCAGGGGAACGGAGGUCGCACACUUUGGCUGCAAUUGGAGAGCUGGGACGCUCUUUAAUUAUUCCCAUCCAAUAAAAACAUGGCAUCCUUCGCGAAUAACAGUGACUGCUAGUCUCACUUUGUUGAGAGGUCAGCAGUUGAACCCGGCAUGCUUCAUUUUAAAAUGCAUAGUGUUAAUAUGUGCGUUGUGUAUUGAAUCGUAUUGUUGCAGGCCUGUAAUGCUAUCGCAGCAAAGGUGAUGGAGGCCACACUCUUGCACUGUGUGCUUGUACAGCCUUUGACAUGUCAUUGUGAUUUUUUUUUUAUUUAUUGCCUUAUAAGAAAUAAAAUUUAGACCUGA